ACCGCAUCUUAAUCGAGCCGCACCGCAUUUCGACCGCUAAGUUAUCGGUGCGGUCAAAUCAAACCGCAUAAAUUAACGGUUUGAUACGGUUUAAACCGCACCGCAUCUAGACCGCAAUUCAUUACGGUUUGUACAUAAUUAAAUAAAACUCAAACCCACCCAACUGAAACUAAGUUCCACAGAGUAGCUCUCCAUUAACAUCUCAUUACGAAAGAGAAAGACUGUUAAUGUGGGUAACAUAGCAUAAGCAAAAGUUAAGUAUAGACUGAUGACUCACCAUUUCUAGAGUAAUCUAAAGAGCUGAUGUAGUGGUAAUUGCCUCUAAAUUUUGUGAAACCAGUACACUAAAACCUAUUUGGUGCACUUCACUCACAAUUACACAGAAACCAACUAAGUCAAGAAAGCAUGAAUUGCAACUCUAGAGAAGAAAGACCUGGAAACCGCAACAUAAAAAUGGUGAUGGAGAAGAAAGAGCUUUACCAAUUUCAAUUAGGCUUACUGGUUUCUAUCCUGUCUCUUCCAGUACUCUUUUGUACUGCCUACAGUUCCAAACGUUCUUGAUAAGCAAAGAGACAAUGCAGCAUAAAAAUGGCGAUGGAGAAGAAAGAGCUUGACCAAUUUCAAUUGAGUGCGACCCUGGAUUUGAAGAGGGCAAAGAGCUUGACGGACGACGAUCUCGAUGAGCUGAAAGGGUGUUUGGAUCUUGGAUUCGGUGGGUUUAGCUACGACGAGAUCCCCGAGCUUUGCAAUUCGUUGCCGGCUCUCGAGCUUUGUUACUCCAUGAGCCAGAAGUUUCUUGAUGAUACUGCGCAGAAAUCUUCUUCUGCUGCCGAGGGAAUGGAUUCUUCUUCUGACGGAGUUGCUGCUUCGGAUCAGGCUGCGAGCAGAGACGGCCGACUGCUGCUGAGGCUGUGGAAUCGGCGUCGACUGAGCGGCCGACGGGAACGGAGACUGGAUCGACGGAAACGGCUGGAACAGAGUGUUCGCAGACGAGGCCGCUGCUGCGAUAGCGGAAACCGACGGGGAGAUCGCCGACUGGUCGAAGCCGACGGCGGAAGCAGCUCGCGAGGUGCAGAGGCGUACUCAAUCAGAUUGUGGUUUCAACUUCUCACUUCUGCGUACUCAAUCUUAGCGGAUUGUGGUUUCAAACCGCAACCGCGCGGUUUGGGUCAAUCCGAACCGUAAACCGCCAAGCACUUAACGAUCAGACCGCAAAUGAAACCGUUAGUUUAAUGAUGCGGUUUGGAUUGACCGCAUAAACGGUUUGGGGCGAUUUGGAGCGGUUUGGUCAAACCAAUACCCAACCCUAGACGACGAGCUCUGGCAAGUGGAUGGUUGCUCAAAUGUUUCCAGGGAACAAGAGGAAGGCAUGCAUAUCGACUGAGGUGUGCAAACAUCUGAAACUCCCAUUAGAGAAGAUCAUGGUAAUUAAGCUGCUUAUCUCAUCUCCACCUUUCACCCUAUUUCGCCUACACCAUUCAUCCAAUUGUUUCUGUUUUGGCAGGGAUUCUAUUAGGUCUCUUGAACACGAUGGUCUCGUAUACUCGCGCGACGAUCGACGAUCUCCAUUACACAGCAACCUUCUGAUAAAGUCCUUAUCUCUCUUCUGUCCUGUUGGGUCUUGAUUUGAUAGUAGUACUAGUAGGUGCAGUAGACAGACAUAUGCCGUGUGUGACAAGCGACACCAUUUCAUCAUUCGUUUUCCAUUUGGCACAUAUCGUCAUCCGGGAAAAACAAGCAAGCCCACCAAGUGAUUGGGCCAAUUCGAGUCGGCCCACUUGUGCACCAUCCCGUGUGAUCACCGGAUCGAAGCCCAAAAUAUCCAACACGAAGUGAUUCUCCCGUCUCUUUCAUGGGCUGGAUCAUGAAUGAUUGUGGAUGAGGGGAAUCGCGAAUGUCUCACUCGAUUGGACAGCUAGCUUGCACAGAAAGAAAGUAAGGAUACUGAUACUGUGUCUCCCGCUGGAAUCUGGGAUGUCGUCGACACGUGGCAUUUUGGGGGACAAUGGCGACACUGUUCACGUGAUAGCCCACCACCUAUCCACCCCUCCUCUGCUAUCUUUCUCACUUGCACACGGCUGGAGGUUCGUCGGCUCAGCUUGCUUAGUGAAACCUACUUUUUUUUUUUUCUGUUAAAGAGAGUGUAUAGGUCCGGCGCCCACACACGUAGAGUUGGCUAUUUGGUCCCGGACUGUUUGGUUUUACCCGAAACCGGACCGUAUAACCCGGAUCGGGACCGGAUAGCAAACAAUGCAAUCUCAUAUUCGGGCUUAGAUUCGAGGUAAAAAACCGGAUAAGAGACUCCCAACACCUUAAAUUAAGAUAAAAUUGGAACCGGACAGGAUUGUAUCCAAGUCCAUCUUUGGUCCUUAUAUUCCCGAAAAAAUCGGACUGGGACCGGAUCAAUUUGGUCCAAUUUAACCGGACUAGACCGUAUAGCCAGCCCUACACACACGGCCACAAUCCGCAUAACCAAGUGACCUUAUGGCUUAUACAUUCAAAUUGCCAGGAAAAAGACUAGAUACGGAAUCCUUAUCAUUCCCUUGAAAGGCGGGGGGGAUCCGGGGAUGUCGCACUCACUCAACUCACUUCAUAGUAACGGCGGCUGACUCUCCAUUGGAAUCUGAGAUGUUGACACGUGGCUUUUAUGGUGGGGCCUAGAGGGGCUGAGGGCGGGGAACACGUGUGGCCACUCUUCACGUGAACAACCAUGUCUCACUACAUCGACGGGUGAUGAUUACCAAAUGAUUGCAUGCAUAAUUGUUACUGCAUGGAGUCAGGGACUGCAAACGAACUUCCUUAUCCACUAAUCAUUCGCCCAUAUCAUCUUCCAUAAUGAAUCGUCGACUAUAUACAAUGUUUUUCACCUACUCAUGGUCUGAUUGAAUGACCCAGGCAGAGAAAGGUCCAGUGGGCGCCAUUAAGCUUUAGAAAACAACAAGUGAGCGAAUGGCAUGCUCAGAGUGGCGUAGCUAGAAUUUCGUAUUAGGUGGAUUAUAUUUUUUUAGAUAAAGGUGAGAUAAGUUU